UUCCAAAAUGACAGUAGUUUAUGUUGACAUAUACUAAUAAAUAAUUUUAUAAAGACUUACAGGCUGUUUUUACAGCUUUUACACAAUACUUCUAUAUUAAUUGUUAAAAGAUUGCAAGAUUCUUCCUUUAUUGUGGUAAAACAAUUGGACUAAAAGUUGAAAAAGCAGAUUAAAUAAUAUAUUCAUUAAGUAUUAUUUUCCGUGUCAAGGUUGAAUGAGAACAACAUAAACUGACUUCAACAGAUUUCAGUUACUACUGCCACUUCAUUCAUUAGUAUAAAUAAACUCCUUGUGGUUCUUUCUACUGAGUUAAUAAUAAAAUCAGUAUCUCAAAUAUGGAAUGAUUGGACGCAGUUAAAACUAAUCAUGUGCGUUACAACAUGAGUCGACCAGUUCAGUUUGGUAAUAAGAUCCUUAGUUUAAUGCUCUGAGGUGUCACCUGGCAACAGGUUGAGACGUCUGUCACAGCACUUGUUGCUGCCAUUAAUUCAGAGCGAAGACCGAGCUGAAGACAGCACAAGGGUAAAGUUGACUAUCAUUAAUCACAUCUACUACUACUAUUAUUAUUAUUAUUAUUAUUAUUAUUAGUAGUAGUAGUAGUAGUAGUAGUAGUAGUAGUUGUACAGUUAUUAUUUCUCUUAUUAUUUUCGUUUUCUUUGGUGUUUGCAUUAUGUGAAGGUAUUCCUCACACACUGCAUUGUGAUAGACAGGAACAGAAGGCUGUUGUCUUCCCUCAAACAGUUUUAUAUAUUUCCUAAAUUUCUUUGUGUGAUGAUAAAAAUGUAGAAGCUUGUUUGGAGUAGAAGCAUGUGUUUGUGCAGCUUUGUGUAGUUGAUGUACACAGCUUGGCGAGCGAUUGUGGGGCUCAGGUGAGUUUGAUAAUGGCUCUUUUUUGACGAGGAACCGACUCGAUUACAGUAGUUGUCAACACUAACUGUCUAAAACCUUGGUUACUAAAACUGAAUUUUCACCUGUUCCACUUGCCGUUCAUGUGGCUCCAGCACGGCCCCUCCCACUUCUUUAGUUCUGCCUCUUUCCUGUAGUUCCACCUGUGCCUCAGACUCCGCCCACUGACAGACCUGCAGCUAAUCUCCCCAUGAUCCGUCUCCAGAAAACACAGAACUCCUCUCCGCCUCCUGGGGUUUAUGCAGUGUGUGACUCGGGCCCUAACGGUUACACGACCCACUUCGUUGGUGGGUGUUUAAUAUUUUAAGUGGAGAAGAUUAAUGUGAUUCAGAGAGAGUGGAGACAUUAAUGGGCCAAUCUAACUUUGUCCAGAGAGGUCCUGGAGGAUUUGUUUCCACUGAUGGAAGUGACUCAUUCUGUGGGUUAGUGUGGACUGUAUGUGUACUUUUUCAACUGAAGAGCUGCUCAGCAGAGCUGCUGUAACACAGAUCUGGUUGCAUUUUAGCAGAAAUACAUCUGGCAGAAAAUCGAUUGAUACUGAUAUGUGCAGGUCCAUAGCCACGGACUAUGCCCACGGUUUCCCAAGAAAUAAAAGUGCUGGCUCACAGUGAAUAUGAAUGUUCCUCUUUGUUUCUCAGACAUGCUCCCUAAGUCUAACAUGGUUCACCCGAACCAAAUAACGGGGCAGCUGGAGGAGAACAAACUGGACCUCACACACAUUUUUAAUCACUUUAAAAAGCGCGGAGCCUUCUCUGAGUGGAUAAAGAACAACAUCUGCAAAAAGCAAUGCUGCUUCUAUGACAAAGAUGUCAGUGUCUCCACUGGCGGGGACGUGUGUAAGUGCGGUUAUUUAAGAAAAGACCAUGUGGAAGAAGCCAUCAAACCAGAGGACUACAUCGGGGAGACAUGGGACAAACACAGGCACAUCUGUGAACUGCCCACUGAUGCUUUUGGAGACAUCCACUUCAGUGGUUUGGGACAAAGGACGGGCAAGUAUGCUCGCGUGUCUGCAGACACCAAUCCUGGAGUCCUGUACCAACUACUGAUAGAGCAGUGGAAUCUUUCUCCUCCCAACCUGCUCAUCUCUGUAACCGGAGGAGCCAAGAACUUCUAUCUUAGGACUCGUCUCAAGAACAUGUUCCACAGGGGACUCAUCAAAGUAGCCCAGACAACCGGUGCCUGGAUCAUCACAGGUGGCACCAACACAGGUGUGAUGAAGCACGUGGGGAAGGCUGUGAGGGACUAUGCCCUGAGCAGCAGCUCUGUGCAGGGUCAGAUCGUGGCUAUCGGAAUGGCCACAUGGGGAAUAAUUCACAACAGGAAGCCUUUAGUGUCUGAGGAGGGCUGUUUCCCAGCCCACUAUUCAGCGGACAUGAGCAGCCAGGGCCGACUCUCCUGCCUCGACAACAACCACACUCAUUUUCUGCUGGUGGACGACGGGACAAAUGGCCGCUACGGUGUGGAGAUUGAACUCAGAAGCCGCCUGGAGAAAUACAUUUCCAAAGAGCGUGUUGGAAACACAGGGAGCGGAGUGACCAUCCCUGUGGUGUGCGUGCUAUUGAAUGGUGGACCAGGCAGUCUGAGUACCAUCUAUAAUGCCAUGCUGAACGGCACACCGUGCGUGGUCUUGGACGGUUCCGGGAGAAUUGCAGACGUGAUUGCCCAAGUGGCCGAUCUGCCAGUGGCGCGGGUCACAAUCUCCCUCGUCCGGCAAGUGAUGAAAAAGUUCUUUGGCCAAGAGUAUGACAUGUUUUCCCACAUCAACAUCCUGAAAUGGACAAAGAUGAUUCAGGACAUCAUCAGGAUGCCACACCUGCUGACAGUAUUCAAUGUAGGUGAGGACAGUAGCGGGGACGUGGAUGUAGCGAUCCUACAGGCACUUCUGAAAGCUUCAAGGUCCAGCGAGUGUCUGGGAGCUGAGCACUGGAAGAGGCAGCUGGAGCUGGCUAUAGCCUGGAACCGAGUGGACAUAGCAGAGACUGAGAUCUUCACUGAGGAGAGUCAAUGGAAGUCCAGUGACCUUCACUGGGCCAUGUUCUCAGCCCUGGUUGGUGACAAGCCUGAGUUUGUGAGUCUGCUGCUGGAGAACGGUGUGAGUCUGAGGGAGUUUCUGCAGGAUGAGCAGAUGCUGUGUGAACUGUACAAACAGCUGCCCAGCUGCUUAUUCCUUCACAAACUGGCCAAGCGGGUCCACGGUUCUCACCGCAGCACCAAGGACAAGUUCCUAAUCAGACCUGCAGCUCAACUGGAGCAGGCCAUGAUCUCCAUGAGCCACGUGUCGGAGGAGGUGCGCCACCUGCUGGGCGACUUCACCCAGCCCCUGUACCCGUCCUCACCCACCACCUACCACUACAACAUGACUAUGGACGACUCCUCUGUGUCUGGUCCGUCCCAGCGCGGCGAAGCAGAGGCACCCAUGGACCCAGGCAGAGACCUCUUCCUGUGGGCUGUGGUUCAGAACAGCAGGGAGCUGGCUCACAUCUUCUGGGAGCAGUGUCGAGACGGCACAACUGCAGCCCUCGCCGCCAGCAAGAUCCUAAAAAAGAUGGCGGACGAGGGAAGUGAUGCGGACGAGGCGGAGGAGAUGAGGAAGCUCGCCAGUGACUACGAGCAGCGUGCCAUCGGCGUGUUCAUCGAGUGCCACAACAGUGACGAGGAGCGGACCCGGAAGCUGCUGGUCCGGGCGUCGCCCUUCUGGGGGAGGACCACCUGCCUGAGGCUGGCGCUGGAGGCCGACGACGAGACCUUUGUGGCUCAGUCGGGCGUUCAGGCUCUUCUGACUCAGAUAUGGUGUGGUGAGCUGUCAGUGGACAACCCAGUGUGGAGAGUGUUGACCUGCAUUGCCUUCUUCCCGCUCAUCUACACUGCCUUUCUAGCAUACAGACGAGAUGAAGUCAUCCAGAAAGAAAAGGAGAGGAAGGAAGAGAUAAAGAAGGUAGAGACUGUGACAGGAAGCCUAUUUCGAAGAAAUCUUCAUAGCCUCUAUGUGCCCCAGAAGAAGCCUGUGCAGCCUCUGAGCGGGUGGAAGAAGCUGGUCUACCUGUACAGCUCUCCGCAGGUCAAGUUCUACCUGAACAUAGUGUCCUACUUCGCCUUCCUCGGGCUGUUCGCCGUGGUGGUGAUGAUCGACUUCCAGGACGUGCCGUCUCCGGGGGAGAUUCUGCUCUACAUCUGGCUGCUGUCGCUGGUGUUUGAGGAAGUGCGACAGCUCUUUCACGAUCCUGAUGGCUUUGGGUUUAGAAAAAAGGCCAAGAUGUACAUCAACGAUCUGUGGAACACAUUGGAUGUUCUGUCCAUCAUCCUCUUUAUUAUUGGCCUUGUGUUUAGGCUGAUACCUAAGCUGUUCUACGCGGGCAAAAUCCUGCUCUGCGUCGACUUUGUCGUCUUCUGCCUCCGUCUCAUGGCCAUCUUCACCAUCAGCCGAACCCUGGGGCCCAAAAUUAUCAUAGUGAAGAGAAUGGUGAUGGAUCUGUUCUUCUUCAUGUUCCUGCUGAGCAUCUGGGUGGUGGCGUACGGUGUGGCCAAACAGGGCAUCCUCAUCCAGAACGAGAGUCGGCUGGAGUGGAUCAUCCGCGGAGCCGUUUACCAGCCGUAUCUCAUCAUAUUUGGGAACUUCCCCACAGAUAUUGACAAAACUGCCUUUGACAUAAGCACCUGCAGCUUGAAUGGCUCCGAUCCUCUGAAGCCCAAGUGUCCAAUGCUGGAUGAAAACCAGAUCCCAGUCUUCCCCGAAUGGCUCACCAUCAUCAUGAUUUGUGUUUACCUGCUCUUUGCCAACAUACUGCUGCUCAACCUGCUCAUAGCUAUUUUCAACUUCACCUUCCAGGAAGUGCAGGACAACACCGACAGGAUAUGGAAGUUUCAAAGAUACGAGCUAAUCAAGGAGUUUUACAGCCGUCCUGCUCUCCCGCCUCCUUUCAGCAUCUUCAUCCAUAUUUAUCUUUUCAUCAAGAAGAUAAUCUUCUGUGGGUCGACCAUCGUUUCCAAAGAGUUCAAAAACGAGCUUCCUCAGGUGGAGGAGGAGGAGCUGUUGUCCUGGGAGGCCUUGAUGAAGGACCGAUACCUGGUGUCCUUACAGAUGGAGCAGAACCAGAACAUGGAGCGUCAUAUACUGGACACAGCUCAAAAGGUCGCCUCCAUAACCGAUCGUCUGGAGAGAGAAGACGAGACGGUCUCUGCCGCCUUGCUGAAAAGACUGGCCCGACUGGAGGAACAGGUCGUUCAAUCAAGCAAAGCCCUGCACUGGAUCAUGGACCGCCUGAAGUCUAAGGGUGGUGCAACCAAAGAACCACCAUCACUGAUCCCUCCUGCAGCUGCAACCACCACAGAGGACUCUGACACCUUGAGAAACGCAUCAGAGAAAGAGGACGGGUGCCACGUGAAUGCCCGUCAGCUGUAUUAUCCAAACAGCAAGCUGGAGCGCUUCCCUGUGCCCGAGGAGAAGGUGCCAUGGGAGGUCCAGUUUAGCUCAUAUAUGCCCAUAUAUUAUAAUUCCGAAGAGUGUGGGGAUGAAGCGGACGGGUCAGAAUCAGAGGCCUUGGAUAAUUACAGGAACCCAGGAGGGAGGACCGGCAUCAGGGGACAAGGUGCACUCAGCAACUUGGGCCCAAACUUGAAUUUAGACCUAGUGAUAACACGGUGGAGAGACAGUGUAAAGUCGGUUCUGGAGUUCUUGGCGGUUUGGGACAAGAGUGAGGGAACCUUGGCUUUACCUGGGGGACCCGUUCAAUCUGUGGAUCAGCUGCCUGUGACGCUUCUGACAACCGUGGGAAAGACGCUGUACGACACAAUAAAGGCUAAGCUUUCAGAGGGUCCGAAGGUGUUUGAGGGUUAUGUGGAUGACUGCAGGAACACAGACAACGCCUGGGUGGAAACCACUGUCCUAAACAUUCACCUGGAAAAGCAGCUCCAGCUGAUGGUGGAGCUCAACAGUACAGUGCUGAGCAGCCAUGGCUGUCUGCAGUGGCUGGAGGUGAGCAGCAGAACACGACUCGGCCCGAACCAAACAGAGUCUCUGCGGCAGGUGGCCGAGCUGCACAACAGGAAGUUCUGAUCUUCACAUGGCGCUGGACCCGUCAAUGGGCCUGCUCCCCUCAGGGUCCGUCCUGCCUGCUCUACAAGGCCUUCGGUACACGUGGACACGGGUCAGCUCCGCGGCACUGAAAGCAUGCACUAAACCCAAAGACCAGAUGCCAUGUUUGCUGUUGACUGACUAUUUAGCCUGAUCACUGUGUUGUACACGCACACAUUCGUGAUACGUCUGCACCACGACAGUUUAGUUUCAGGAGAACAGUGUGUAUGUGCUGUCUAUAAAUGUACACACUCACCUCCACAUACUUGCCAGCUAGACACUAAUCAUAUUGAAUACAGUAAACGUACGGGUAUAUAUUAUUAUUAUUAUGGGUUUUUUUCAGAACAAAUAGUGUUUAGAUAGAACGUGUGCCAGAAUAAGUGAUAUACAGUACAAAACUGAUUAUACCGUAUAAUAAGGUAGAAGUCAUUAUCUUUCAACGUACAUUGUUACAGAAGAAAAUGCCCAAGCUGCAGCUGCAAUAAGGUUCAGUAUAUCAUAACAAACUGACGCUUUGUGACAUAUUUUGCUGCUAAUAUAUUUUUACCUAAGUGAACUGUCGAAUAAAGGGCUGUUAAUGGUG